AUGUUGCUUAUCCCUAUACCGUUGCUCUCCCAAGGAACAUACAUAGACGAGAAUGCGCUUCAGCCAGCGCAAGUCAAUACAUAUUGGAACUGGGGCGAUGUUCACACAGCAGACUUGCAGCUAUACCAACUGGAUGGUAUUCGAGAACGAAAUCUCACGAGUGAACAAAGAGCAGAAUUCUUUAGGACUGAAUUCAGUAAGCUUGGCCUUGCUGCUUCCAUACAGAAUUAUAGUUUCAGUACCAGUAAAGGAACCGUCUCAGGCAACAAUGUGUAUGCUGUAAUGUCAUCGCCUCGAGCCGCUGGAACAGAAGCGAUGGUGAUCAGUGCAUCAUGGUUAAGCAGGGCAGGGCACGGCGCACUGAAUUUGCGUGGGACAUCUACUGUAUUAUCCCUCGCUGCAUUUUUUAAAGAUUAUUCUUUAUGGGCGAAAGAUAUCAUCUUUAUCAUCAGCGACGACUACCUUCAUGGAAUGCAUGCGUGGCUGAAUGCAUACCACGGCACAAUACCGUCGAAUCUUCAUACAGACCCUCUCGAGCACACUUCGGGGGUCAUUUGGACUGCUUUGAAUAUUGACUAUAGUAGUCAUUCUUUUUCGCACCUUGGUGUCUUCCAUGAGGGUUUGAACGGACGUCUCCCAAAUCAGGACCUCAUCAAUUCUUUCCGACUAAUCUCACAUUAUACAGGCGGCGUUCCAAUGACAGUGUACGAUCACCUGGAGCCGUCAGAUUCUGUUGAUCGAUUGCCGGAACAGAGCGCUUUUCCGUCAUGGGUUCCGCUUUUUAUUCAGCAGAGUCCACAACUUCAGCAAUACGGGUAUCGCAUGCGGAAUGUAGUCCGACACAUCGGCUACCAGGCUCGCGGCAUGUGCAGUGGGGUGCAUGGCCUAAUGCAUCAAUUCCGUAUCGACGCUAUCACCUUGUUUGCCGUUCCAGCAGACGGACCGCAUGGGUUCCAUGCACUAGGAAGAAUUGUCGAGUCCACGCUCAGAACAAUGAAUAACCUUUUAGAGCGUUUACACGCUUCCUUCUUCUUUUAUAUCUUAACCAGCCCUGGGACUUUCAUGAAGAUUGGCAUGUUUCUCCCGAGCGCCAUCCUCGUCAGCGUUGCCAUGUUAUUCAAAGGCCUUGGCGAGUGGGUGACUGCGGGGUGGGUUUGCGAAAUAACUCAGGCCUCUUCGAAAGGCAAUGAGACUGAGAAGCCUAGCCCCACGAAAGGCACAUGGAGAAACAGGCGACGACCCUUGGUGUCUGCGCUUAUCGUUGUGGUGAUAACUCAUGUUUUAGGAGUUCUCGUAUUCAACCUAGUUUGCAGUCGAUGGUUUGCUGAGUAUCCUUCGUUUCUUGCGCCAGCUAUUUUUGCCGUUGUGUCUGUGAUACCUCCAAUGCUCCUCCCACUACUUUCAGCAAACGGUCCGGAAGCAGCUCCAACUUCAAUGCUCCUGAAAGCGUCGAAUUUAUGCCUAGCAUCGACAGUGAUAUCUAUCAUGUCCCUACUAAACUUUUCCCUCGCCGCCAUGCUUGCUAUAACCAUGGGUGUCCCUCUGGCGACGUCAUAUACAUCCUCGAGCACGGUGACCUCCCGUUUGCGAUAUGCUGGCUACUGUAUGCUAGGAUGGGGCUGGUUAGUAUUGGUACCUGGAGAGGUUGAAAGCGCGAUCUGGAAUUGGGAGGUGCUAGGUGUAUGGUUCGCGCCGUUCAUAUGUAUCGUGUACGCCCCCCUCGUCAUGCAAGCUGCUAUUGUAUGUCUACAGGGGUUAUAG